GUAAGUACAUAUAUAACUGAAGAUUAAACCUAACAAAAAAAGUCAUGGAUGCACACGCGAAAGAAAUAAGCAAAAAUGCAUUUAUCUUAAGCCACACAUCCUUCGCAUACCAUACCGCACUCGCAACGAAGACCUCAAACAUGUCGCAGCCUGUUUUGAAUGAACAAGUUGUUAACAAUCCGGACUUUGCUAUGGUACUCACCACAGGGACAGACACAUCCGCAAAGUCGGAGCAUAUGACAAAUUCAUCCGCGGAGCAGUGGGCGCAUUUCUAUGACUUGAUGAUAUCUUGGCAAAGUAUUUUUCUGAUAACGAUAUUCUGUGUGCUCAUCGUGAUCACUGUGUUGGGAAACACAUUAGUUAUUGUAGCCAUAAUAACCACGCGACGUCUGCGAACUGUUACAAACUGUUUUGUUAUGAGUCUAGCAGUGGCUGACUUCUUGGUGGGAGUAUUCGUGAUGCCGCCAGCGGUAGCAGUGCAUUUAGUGGGGUCUUGGCGUCUGGGGUGGAUAAUUUGCGAUAUUUGGGUAUCUCUCGAUAUAAUGCUUUGCACGGCGUCCAUUCUCAGCUUGUGUGCCAUCAGCGUGGACAGGUAUCUGGCUGUAACAAAACCAUUAAAGUACUCACGCAAACGUCGUUCUAAACGCUUGGCACUAUGGAUGAUUCUUUUUGCAUGGCUGAUGGCACUGGCCAUAACGUGUCCGCCAAUGCUUGGCUGGUAUGAACCAGGUCGACGUGACCGAAACGAGUGCCGUUAUAAUCAAAAUAAAGGAUACGUCAUCUAUUCGGCUUGCGGCUCUUUCUUUCUACCAAUGAUUGUGAUGAUUUAUGUUUAUGCUCGUAUUUCCUGCGUCAUCGCUACGAGGCAUGACAAAAUGACUCACAUUAGUGUACAUAAUAAGCACUUAAGGCGGUAUACCACCACCGAUACGGACAAAUAUGUUGAACAGGAUUUUUUUGAGCUGACUUGUGAAAAGAGCACGGGUGAGCGCAGAUUCCCGAAUCAAACCAUACUUAAUAAGCUGCACGAGGUUAUGAUGCCAGAUGUGGAGAAUGCCCGGCCACUUCUCAGUGUACCGUUGACACAAGACGGUAAAGGCAAUAGCUGUGAGUUGAUGCGGCCAGUGUCAUUUAAAUCGCCGCCAGCUGCCGUAUUUCACUACUCCUCGAACGUCAAGCGCCACCGAUACGCCCACUCAUGUCCACCCGGUUUGAUACGACAAUUGCAGACAAGCGAUUCUCAACCGCAACAUCAACAAUUGAACUCGAUGGCGAAUUGCAUAAUUUCGAUCAGAAAGGAGCAUAAGACUACACAAACCUUAAGCAUUGUGGUGGGUGGGUUUAUCGCUUGUUGGUUGCCAUUCUUCAUUUAUUAUCUGCUCACGCCGUUUCUGGAGCCGCCUCAGGUCAGCCGGACCCUAACAAAUGUGCUCACCUGGCUGGGAUGGAUCAACAGUGCAAUAAAUCCCUUCAUUUAUGCAUUUUACAGCAUCGAUUUCCGUGUGGCAUUCUGGCGUCUCAUCUGCAGCCGACUCUGCAAAAAUACGCUGCGACCGAAAAUUCCCACUACCACAACGUCGAUGCGACUGUAGUCAUGGAGUUCUUUUAACAAAAAGCACAAGAGUGUGGAUGGCAAACUAUUAAAAGUUACAUAUGUACAUAUCUAUGUACAAGUGUAUUAAUACAUGUCAUUUUACAGUCCAAUAUAAACGCAAGCCGUUUGUUUACGCACUCCGUCAAUUUUUUUUAGAUGUUCACUGAGCGAAACGUCAAUUCAAAAUCUCACGCGGGCAUGAGAUUUUUGACAGCUAAUUUUCGUGGUGUGUUAAUCAUAGUUCUGGUAGAUCAAUCGGUAGGUUGCGACUAGUUCACUAGUUCAAGAGUAUGAGCUGUUGUGAAUGCAUAAUAUUAAGUUCAACAUUUGUUAUCAGCAGGGAACGGAUUUUAUGGAAAUUGCCUUUUUUCCUACUUAGGAGAUAGAGUAAGUUCGAUUAAGAAUGUCCACGAUUUA